AUGGUGUUCAGCAGGGUGGAAGUGAACCUCAGAAGGCUGCUUCAGGAGGCUCCUCGGCAGCAGAAUCAGGCCAAGCUUGCCCAUUAUAUAUCCACAGCCAGGGAGCUAUUGGAGCAGCUUGGAGCAGAAAUUACAACUGAAGGAGUACCAAGGGGUUCAAAAGCUAAGCUCAGUGAGUAUUCAGAAAAGAUUGAAGCACUAGCUGCCACACUUGCUGCUUCAGUGACAGAAAAUGAAAAACCAGUUGAUGAGAUCAAAGAAGAAAGCUCUUGUGAAAGAGAAAAGGCUGAGAGUCCAAUAUCCUUGUCAGCAGGAUUGCGAAGGCGAUCAACGGCUCAGGUGGAAGCUGGUACAAGCAGUCGUGAUAGAACUAGAAGAGAAAGAGAUACUGGAGCGCCUAUUAAAUUGGAUGCAGAAGCUCAGGCUAACAUUGAGAAGCAUAGGGACCUGCAAGAUAGUCUGAUAGACGAAAUGGUUGACUUAGCACGUCAGCUGAAGGAAAGUAGCCUUGUAGUGAACCAAUCCGUGCAAGAUACAGUGAAGAUCCUUCAUUCCAAUGAGAGAGCCAUGGAACAUAGCUUGGCGAGCACCGGUAGCGCAACGGCGCGAGCCUCUGAGGUCUACUCGCUGGCCUCCAAGACAACCUGCUUCCAGUGGUUGCUCAUCUUUCUGAUGACCUGCAUGUUCGUCAUGGUGGUUAUGCUCAUACGGGUCACCUGA